CAGAGCGCACCAGUCUGCUCUGCACCACUUCCCUCACAACUUCACUGCUGCAUGGUGACGCCUUCUUUUUUUUCUUCUCAUUCUUUUAUUUUAUUUUAUUUUUUUUUGUAAUGACAUCGCUUCUUUUACUGCCCGGCCGUGGAUGGGAUGCUACUGGUUCUCUUUCCCCCCUCUCCGACUAAAUAUUUCACUUCCCCCGAAGCAGCAGUUUUGGAUGUGCUGACUUACCGGAUUGAAUGGGGGGAACCACUUUUGGAGACUUUACGCAUCGACUUGAGGGAUGAAUGUUAACUUUUUCUUACUUUUUGCCUCUUUUUUAAAUGUGAUUUAACUUUUAGGGAGUGUUUGUUCCACACAUUUAAAUCUUUAGGGAAACUUUUUUUUUUUGUUUGUUUGUUUUUUUUUUUUUAACAUUUAUUUAUUACCCUGGAGAUCCAACUUUCAAUUGCACCAGCGUGGAUUUCUUUCUUUAAUUCAAUCUCGGUGGAUAUCAUCAUGGCUCAGGGGGCCGAACCGAGCAGGUUUUGGGCUCUCUGCUUGGUCCUGGUUCUGUGCACCGUGUCCAGCACGAACGCAUGCCCGCACAAGUGCAGCUGCUCCGGAUCCCAUGUGGACUGUCAGGGUCUGGGGCUCAAGACCGUACCGAAGGGGAUCCCACGCGGAGCUGAGCGUCUGGACCUGAACAGAAACAACAUCACACGGAUCACCAAAGUGGACUUCUCUGGCAUCAAGAACCUCCGAAUUCUUCACCUGGAGGACAACCAAAUCAGUGUCGUCGAGAGAGGAGCCUUCCAAGACCUUCGGCUGCUGGAGAGACUCCGUCUAAACAGGAACAGACUCAUGCUGCUGCCGGAACUUCUCUUCCAGUCCAAUCCCAAACUGGGCCGACUAGACCUGAGCGAGAACCAGAUCCAGGCGGUGCCGAGGAAAGCCUUCAGAGGAAUCACCAACGUCAAGAACCUGCAACUGGACAGCAACCACAUCAGCUGCAUUGAAGAUGGAGCUUUCCGAGCCCUACGCGAUCUGGAGAUUCUCACUCUCAACAACAACAACAUCACCCUCAUCCCGCUGUCCAGCUUCAACCACAUGCCCAAGUUGCGGACGCUUCGCCUGCACUCCAACAACCUUCACUGUGACUGUCACCUGUCCUGGCUCUCUGAUUGGCUGCGAGCAAGGCGAGGCCUGGCGCCCUUCACCCAAUGCAUGGCCCCCGCCCACAUGAGGGGCCUGAAUGUCCCCGACGUACAGAAGAAGGAUUUUCUCUGCAGCGGCCCCGCCCACGUCGAGUCGAGGACGUGUGCGCCCCUGGUGGCGGUGUGCCCACCCAGCUGCACCUGCAACAACAACAUCGUGGACUGUCGCCGCAAAAGCCUGACCGAAAUACCCGCCAACCUCCCGGACGGCAUCGUAGAGAUUCGUUUGGAGCAGAACUUGAUCAAAAGUGUCCCGCCAGGAGCCUUUUCUUCCUACAAGAAGCUUAAGAGGAUAGACUUGAGUAAGAACCAGAUUUCCGACAUCGCCGCCGAUGCCUUCAGUGGCCUCCGCUCGCUCACCUCCCUGGUGCUUUAUGGCAACAAGAUCACAGAGCUACCAAAGGGAUUGUUGGACGGCCUGGUGUCCCUGCAGCUACUCCUCCUGAACGCCAACAAGAUCAAUUGUCUUCGGGUCAACACCUUCCAGGACUUGCACAACCUCAACCUGCUGUCGCUGUACGACAACAAGUUACAAACCAUCAGCAAAGGACUUUUCACACCACUGCGCUCCAUCAAAACUCUUCAUCUGGCCCAGAAUCCCUUUAUGUGCGACUGUCACCUGAAGUGGCUGGCCGACUUCCUGUUCGACAACCCCAUUGAGACCAGCGGGGCGCGCUGCAGCCACCCCAGAAGACUGGCUAACAAGCGCAUCAGCCAAGUCAAAGGCAAGAAGUUCCGCUGCACAGGUCAAGAGGACUAUCGCAGUCGACUGAGCGGCGAAUGUUUCCAGGACCUGGUUUGUCCCGAGAAAUGUCGCUGCGAGGGCACCGUGGUCGACUGCUCCAACCUGAAACUGACCCGCAUUCCCGCACACAUCCCAGAACACACUACCGACCUGCGGCUGAACGACAACGAGAUCGCCUUACUGGAGGGAACCGGGAUGUUCAAGAAGCUGCCAAAUUUGAGGAAAAUCAACCUGAGCAACAACAAACUGCGGGACAUCCGCGAGGGAACUUUCGAUGGAGGGUCUGGGGUUCUGGAGCUUCUCCUGACCGGCAACAAGCUCACAGGACUGCAGGGACGAAUGUUCCGAGGCCUCACUGGCUUGAAAACUCUAAUGCUGCGGAGCAACCAGAUCAGCUGCAUUGACAACACAACAUUUACGGGCCUGAGCUCGGUGCGUCUGUUGUCGCUGUACGACAAUCGGAUCUCCAGCAUCGCUCCGGGAGCCUUUGCCACCCUGCACUCCCUCUCUACCAUUAAUCUCCUGUCGAACCCGUACAUAUGUGACUGUCACUUGGCCUGGCUUGGUCAGUGGCUGAAGAAGACCAGGGUGGUGAGUGGAAACCCUCGCUGUCAAAGGCCCGCCUUCCUCAAGGAGAUCCCCAUCCAAGACGUGGCUAACCCUGACUUUACGUGUGAUGGUGGCGAGGAUAACGGCUGUCUUCCUGCAUCUGGCUGUCCUGACAUCUGCACAUGCUCAGACAGCGUGGUGCGAUGCAGCAACAGAGGGCUGCACUCGCUGCCCAAGGGCAUUCCCAAGGACGCCACGGAACUUUAUCUGGAGGGUAAUAUGCUGACUUCUGUGCCCAAGGAGCUGGCGGCCCUGAAGCAUCUGUCACUGAUAGAUCUGAGCAACAACAGCAUCAGCACAGUGGCGGCGUAUACUUUCAGCAACAUGACUCAACUGUCCACACUCAUCCUCAGUUACAACCAGAUUCGCUGCAUCCCGGUCCAUGCUUUCGACGGUCUCAAGUCGCUCCGCCUUCUCACUCUCCAUGGAAACGACCUCUCAACUAUCCCGGAUGGCGCGUUCAACCACCUCACCGCUUUGUCCCACCUGGCUCUGGGUGCCAACCCCUUAUACUGCAACUGCGACCUCCGCUGGCUCUCCCAGUGGGUGAAGGCUGGCUUCAAAGAGCCCGGCAUUGCUCGCUGCACCGGACCCCCUGAUAUGGCUGAGAGGUUGCUGCUGACCACACCGCUCAACAAAUUCCAGUGUAAAGGUCCCGUGGAUAUUAGCCUUGUGUCAAAGUGCGCCCCCUGCCUGGCGGAGCCCUGCCAGAAUAACGGCACCUGUGUGUCCGACGCAUCUGGAUCCUACCACUGCACCUGUCCGUUUGGAUUUAAGGGUCAGGACUGUGAAACGGCCAUUAACGCCUGCAUUAGCUUCCCCUGCCUGAAUGGAGGGACAUGUCACCUCCAGCCGGGCCUUGAGGACCACUUCAGCUGCGUGUGCCCACCGGGCUUCGAAGGCCAGCGCUGCGAGGUGAACCCGGACGACUGCGAAGACAACGACUGUGAGAACAACGCCACCUGCGUUGACGGGGUCAACAACUACACUUGUGUCUGUCCACCCAACUACACAGGUGACCUGUGUGAGGAAGUGCUGGAUCCCUGUCUCCCCGGUUUCGACCCCUGUGAGCAUGAUUCCAAGUGCGUCCACGUCGGUCGCAGUUAUAGGUGUGAGUGUUUGCCUGGCUACGUGGGCCAUUUCUGUGAGCAGGACUACGACGACUGUCUGGAGAACAAGUGUCAACAUGGCGCCGAGUGCGUGGACGCCGUCAACGGCUACACGUGUGUCUGCAAGGAGGGCUUCAGCGGGCUGUUCUGCGAGAAUCCCCCACCCAUGAUUUUGCUGCAGACCAGCCCCUGUGACCAGACCGACUGCCAAAACGGCGCCCAGUGCCUGCUGGUGGCCGGCGAGCCCGUCUGCCGCUGCAUGCCCGGUUUCUACGGCAACAAAUGUGACAAGAUGGCCACCGUCCAUUUCCUGGGACGCGAGGCAUACAUAGAGCUCCCGGGCGCGAAGCUCCGCCCCAAUGCUCACAUUGCGUUCCAGGUGGCCACCGACAAAGACAACGGUAUUUUGUUGUAUAAGGAGGAUCACGACCCCCUGGCUCUGGAACUGUACCAAGGACACAUACGACUCAUCUACGACAUGGCCAGCUAUCCUCCCACUACAGUGUACAGUGUGGAGUCUGUCAACGACGGGCUUUUCCACACCGUGGAGCUGUUGAUUCAGAACCAUUCGCUCAGCCUGGUGGUGGACAAUGGCGCCCCCAAGAGCCUGGGCAAGCUGGCGCGCCAACCUUCUGUAGACCACAACACGCAGCUUUACAUAGGAGGCGUGCCCUACCAGGUGGUGGCCUCGGGGUUGCGGCCCAGCCCAGAACGCUCGCCUCAGGCCUUCAAUGGUUGCAUCCACGAUGUCCAGAUCAACGGGGAAGCGCAGGACCUGAGUUACCGAGCCACAGGAGGGCGACCGGUAGAGGGCAAGGGUGAUGGUGUUCUAGUGGGCUGUCACUCAUGCAGCGUGUGCGCUCAGGGAACAUGCAGAGAGGGCGGCGAGAUGGGCGUCACCUGCCAGUGCCCGCACGGGCGCAGCGGGACCUUGUGCGAACGGGUCACGCCGCCAAACCCCUGCCAAGCCAGCAGAUGUGUUCAUGGUUUAUGUGUGCCCAAGGGGACGGCGUACAACUGCAAGUGCAGCGAGGGUUACCAGGGACAGUUCUGCGAGCGCCAGCAGGAGCCCGCGCCCUGCAGGGGGCAGCGGUGCGGGCACGGCGAGUGCAGAGUGUCCGAGGGCGGGGAGCCCGUCUGCAACUGUCUGCCUGGCUACGCCGGGGCCACCUGUGACACCGAGUUGACGUGUGAAGGCGAGAUGGUGCGAGAGCAGCUGAAGCGCCACCAAGCCAUGCGCACGUGCACGUCCACCAGCAAGAUCCCGCGCAUGGACUGCCUCCGAUCGUGUCAGGCGCCGGCACCCGCCGGCGUCUGCUGCGGCGUCACCAAGACCCGCAGGAGGAAGGCGGUGUUCCGCUGCACCGACGGCACCUCCUACUCCGAGGAGAUGGAGACGGCCCUGGAGUGCGGCUGCGCUAGGUGCCCGUUGUAAUGGUGCCCCUCCUCCCGCCGCGUCUUGUGAAUUUGGCACCGCCAUCAACACAUUCUGCGUUUUGUUUACACAUAUCCCGUUCGACGGCCGCCAGUUUGCUGCAGGAGAAACCACAAAGGGGACACGCGUGUGUGUGUGCGUGUGUGUGUGAGUGUGUGUGUGUGUGAGUGUGUAACUGUGUGUGCGUGCAGAGAGAAAUAUAUUGUAAGAUACAAGUGAGGAGGAGAAAAAAAAGCAUAGAACUUAUUUUUAUUAUGAAUUUUCUUCUUCUAAAAGAUGAUAAAGGA